GUGCCGAUGGUGCAUGUGCAGUUUAGUCACGAUCGUUGGCCGAAACGGUCCAAGAAUAAGAUUCAGGGAAGAAGACGUUCAGAGAUAUGACGCCCGCGGCACGGACGUUUCCGGUGUUGAUAAUUUGUUUGCUAUACGUAGAUUGUGCUGUCGGCUGGAACGUGAACUGGACGAUCGGUAACUAUGUGGAUUUCACACGUUUCUGGGGCAUUCAUUACGGUGAUCCCGAGCUGCGUAAAAGUUACGAUUAUGUCAUCGUCGGUGCUGGACCGGCUGGGUGUGUGCUGGCUAAUCGAUUGACCGAGGAUCCCAAGGUGACAGUGCUGCUACUGGAAGCAGGAAAGGGUGAACUUCCUAUUUUCACUGACGUUCCCUUGUCGGCGCCAAAUUUGCAAUCGACAGAUUAUAACUUUGCCUACGAAACCGAGGUGCAAAAGAUUGGCUGCCAGGGGCUGCGGGACAAGAGGUGCAGUUGGCCCCAUGGCAGAGGGGUUGGUGGAUCCUCUAUCAUCAACUAUAUGAUUUACACCAGAGGGAAUCGGAGGGAUUACGACGGCUGGGCGCAGGCUGGAAAUCCCGGUUGGAGCUGGGAUGAAAUUCUGCCAUACCAUAUAAAAUCGGAGCAAGCCAAUAUCAAAGAUUUCGACAGAAAUGGCUUUCACGGCAAAAAAGGGCCGCUGUCGGUGGAGGAUUGUCCGUUCAGGUCGAAAGUUUCGCACGCCUUUGUGCGAAGUGCCCAGCAGGCAGGCUAUCAGUAUCUGGACUACAAUGCCGGCGAACACAUAGGGGUGUCGUAUCUGCAGGCCAACACCUAUCGUGGGUUUCGAGCAACGAGCGCAACGGCUUAUCUCACAUCGAUACUAGACCGCAAGAAUCUUCACAUCCUCACGAGGGCUUGGGUGACGAAGCUACUCAUUGAUGCUGAUACCAAAGAAACGAGCGGUGUGGAAUUCAUCCGCAACAAGAAGCAGUUUAUGGUGAAAGCCAAAAGAGAGGUCAUUCUGUCGGCAGGGGCAUUCGAAAGCGCAAAACUUCUUAUGUUGGCCGGGAUCGGGCCAUCAUAUCAUCUGAAGAAGAUGGGUAUUCAAGUGGUUGAAGAUCUGCCCGUAGGCGAAAUUAUGUAUGAACAUCCGGGAGUAUUUGGUCCUAUUUUUCUAAUUAAGAAACCCAUCGAUAAUUACAUACAAUUGGAUGAGAACAUAAAUCUGAGGAACAUCAUCAAAAUAAUGAACGGCAGAGGGGUGUUCACAACCAAUGCUGUGGAAAGCUUAAUGUACAUCAAAACUCCCGUUGCGGAGAGUCCCGAUCCGGGUUUACCGGACGUAGAAAUAAUGCAAGCCUUCACCUCGAUCGAUUUCGACUCCGGACCAGGAACGGCUCUAGCCUUCCGCCUAUCAAACACAACCUACGAUGGGUACUUUCGACCGAUUCGGAAUGUGCGAUCAUUUCAAUAUCUACCCAUGCUGCUGAAGCCACGGACCCGUGGCAAACUGCGACUGAAGUCACGCAAUCCGUUCAGCUAUCCCCGGUUCGAAUAUCAGUACUUCGAGGACGAACGGGACAUUGAGGCACUCGUGUACGGUAUAAGGGAAGCGAUCCGGGUAACUUCACAGCCUGCAUUUCGGAAGCUUGGAGUAGAAAUCUACUCGCGCCAAGUGCCAGGCUGUGAACCGCAUGUGUUCAACACGGACGAGUAUUGGAGGUGCCACGUGCGCACUUUGACGGCAACAUUUCACCAUCAGAUUGGGACGUGCAAAAUGGGUCCUCCCACCGAUCCGGAGGCGGUCGUUGAUGCCCGUCUGCGUGUUUACGGAGUUUCAAGACUUCGCGUCGUCGAUAUUGGUAUUGUGCCAUCACCUCCUGCUGCUCAUACGUCUGCCGUUAGUAUUGUAAUUGGCGAGAAAGCAGCUGAUUUGAUCAAGGAAGAUCACGGUCGGGACAGAGUUGGCGUUCGGAUCGAGAAAGUAGUCUCAUCGGUGCACCAAAGGCCGGACAUUCCCAUUGAUUUUGAAUCCCAACGUUUGUUUGGAUAUGAUUUUCUGCAUGUCUUCGAUUGA